UGUGCUGCUGCUGCUGCAUCGACCGAGCUCCGCGAGGAGGACGCUGAUUAUUGUGGUCGAGUCGAAGAAGCCUCGUUCGUGUGUUCGUGUUUGCGUGGAUCGAUCGCAGGGGCAGGAUUUGGUUUGAAUCGCGAGCAGGGAGCGAGCGAGGAUGGGGCCGAUGCGCUGGGGAGAUGCGGCCGACGAAGAUGAGGGGAUUGAGGGCGUUUUGCCGCCCAUGCAGGUGAUGGGGCCCGAUGAGAAGGGUGUGAAGAUUAUCAUUGAGUGGAGGAAGAAAGAGGAUGGGUCGAAGGUGAAGGUCACUACCACCGUCAGGGUGAAGAAGCAGGUCAAGAGGUUGAACCCUGCUGUUAUUCGGAGACGUAGCCUGAAGAAGUUUGGGGAUGCCGUCGGUCAGAAUUCCUCCGAGAACUUGACUGUCGUGUCUACCGAGGAAAUCUUUCUGGAGAGGUUUCGACCUGUGGGUCAACAGGGUGCAAAGCAGGAGGAGAAGGGUGCUGAUCUUGCGUCACUCGGAAAUGCGUCUCUUAUUGUUUGUAGAACUUGCGGCAAGAAGGGAGAUCACUGGACCUCGAAAUGUCCUUUCAAGGAACUCGCAGCUAACCGAGGGUUCAACAUCGGAGGAGAGAAGCCCCCAGGUGAUGAUGAUAUGGGCAUGUCUUCGUCUUCUGGUCCUGGAGGCAAGGCUUCAUACGUACCACCUAGCAUGCGUAUGGGUUCCAAAGGAGACGGAGAGAGCAUGCGCAAAGGAAGAGAUGACAACUCUAUCAGAGUUACCAACUUAUCAGAGGAUACCAGAGAGCAAGAUUUGCAAGAGCUUUUCAGGCCGUUUGGUUCGAUUUCUCGUAUCUAUGUUGCGUUUGACCGUGACACUGGAUUGAGUCGAGGAUUUGCCUUCAUCAACUUUGUCAACAGAGAGGAUGCAGUGCGUGCGAUUAACAAGCUUGACGGAUACGGUUAUGAUAACCUCAUCCUACGAGUGGAGUGGGCUACCCCCAGGACGGAUAGAGCGUAGGGUUCUACUUGUGCUUGGGUACUCGAUAAGUCUCAACUUUAUGCGUGACUGUUUUUUUUUCCGCUGCCGAUCCCAUCAGCUGAUGAAAGAGCAGAGCGUUCUUAGAUCCCUAUAAACACAGUUUUGCCAGUGACCCUUGGAGUUGCUUGAAAGAGGAAAGAUUACAGAUGGGAGACAAGGCUCAUCACGCGGAGUGUUCUUUCGGAUGCUUUGAGGAAGCGCUUUAGGGUGUGGAUACACGUAGAUUUUGCUGCUGGUGGCUAGCUGUUGAGCUAAGGAUGGAGAUCGUUAGUAGCGACAUGUAAAGAUCCAGGGGGUUAGUGCCAUUCACCAUGUCUUUCUCCUGGCGUUUGUAAUAAUUAGUGGGACUUUACUGCGUAAUUGGACGAGACGACAGGGGCCCUGAGGGUUGGAUGAAACUGCCGAAGGCCAGGGAUAGUAGGCGAGAACACCCGGUUAAAGGGUACUGUUACCUCGAAUCUAUACUUCCAUGAUUAUAAGAUUGCUGCCCGGAGUAGAGCGUUGCAAAAAAAUGUCCGUAACUGAGAAUUCGGGAGUACUAUAUACACCUAGUUCGUUUAGCUUGAGGACACUGUAGAGUGUUUCUGAUUAAAUUUCCGAAGGGUGUGACGUUGUCUUAUCGUUCGUAUAUGAAUAUACUCUAGGAAAUCGGCUUCAGCUAUGAGCGUGCUACCAGCUACUGGUUGGGAACGAACUUAAGGUUGCCAAACGCAGGACCUUAAGUUCGUUCUCCAACCACUUUCAUUGAAUUCCAUCGUCGUUCACCCUACUGGAAGUCAUAAAUCUUAUCUCGUCGUAUAGUUGGUCAUUCUCAGGGAUGUUGAAAUGUUUUUCGAGUGUAUGCAAAGUCCUGACAUAAAUACUGGAUAGGAACCUUUGAGAUAUCUCUUGAGAUGUUAGACCUAUUUUUAUGGUUUUCUGCCUGGAAGGUCGAACAUCACCCUGGGAGAGGUUCUGGUUUCGUACAUCAUCACUGUUUCACUUAGGUGUCUCACAGCAACGUUUUUCUUACAUGAUGAAGGAGAAGUAUCUUUGUCAUGUUAAUCGC